GGUACAGUCACGGACUGGUGCACCAACUGCCCAGUGCCGCACCACUGGAAAUGGAGAAGGUCCAGGGCUGGCAAGGGAGAAGAGUCUGAAGACUGUAGUGUGGCAGCUAGCUAGGGUACCGUGCCAGCAUUUGGCCAGUUGUGAAUGCAGCCACGCCACCACCUUUCAUCGUCGAGGCGUUAGACGCCGAGCUUUUCAUCAUCCUCUCAUUAAUUCAAUAUUGCUGGCCUUUCUCCUUCCUUCAAGUUCCAGGAUCCUGGACACUCUCCUCAGUGUCCUCACCAUCUGAGAGCGGCACAACUCUUUCGCCAUUUGCAUGCGGAGCUUUUGUGUUGUCUGCUUCACAGUUAGGUUAGUGCUGCGGCCCGUUGCUCUGGCCUGCUGCGACCGUGAUUGCUUGAAGCGGCCCUGGGGCAGGUUGGAUCUCACGCAACUCCCAUACACAAACGCGGAAGAAUACGCUCCUCCAGUAGAAACUUGGUGUACAUUUAUUCAUCAUGUGGCGAGUUCUGGCGCACUUUGUUAGUCCUUCUAUACUUGGGGCCCUUUCCUAACGGUGUCAACGACGAAAGCGAGCGAUUGAAACCUUUGCGCGCCAAACCCCUUCUCAGUUCUCGAACCACUUGCGCGACGCAACAUCACAAAGUCCAUAACCACGUUGAUAAAGUGGUGGUGAGAAUGGAAAAGUUGUCCAGGUGCCUCCUCGCCCUCCUCCCCGCAUUCUCCCUCCUCCUAGUUGCCCCCAACAUCCACGCGAGCUGCCCAUCAGAAUCCGCCCAGCUGCGCCGCCUCUUAGUCACGUCGCCAUCGGUUGCGGUGAACACCGCGUCAGUCCCGGCAACUUCCCUCUACCCCAAACUGCCGGCGCUGUUUGCAUUUGGAGAUGGUGAUUUUGACGUCGGGAAUGUGUUGCUUCUGGGCCGCGACGACUCGACGGGGGCGUACCCGUACGGGCUGUCGUUCUACAACAUUACGGGGCGCGAGUCGGAUGGACGGAUCAUCCCCGACUUUUUUGCUGAGGCUCUUGGCCUGCCGUUGCUUAACCCCAGCCUGCACCCCACGGCAAGCUUCUACCAGGGAACCUCGUUUGCAACUCCGUCCAGCGGCCGGUUCAAUUUCACGACCGAUGCGGACGGGUAUCAGGGCACCCCCCUCCUGAAACAGGUGGACCAGUUUGUUGCGUUCAAGCAGAACGCCUCCGCUUACUGGGCUGGCAUCGGCACCGGCGCCGCGCCGAGCAAGCCCCGCUACCCGCGCCCCGAGUUCUUCGCCGACGCGGUUUACACGGCGCACUCGGGCGGCAACGACCUGCUGUUCUUCAGUGUCAACAACUAUUCCCAGGCGCUGCGACCCGAGUAUUUGCAGAAUAUGACCAAUAUCUACGAGACUUGGGCCAGUUCCAUCUACCAAGCGGGCGGCCGCAAGUUCGUCCUGACGAACUUUGGGCAGUUUGGGUGCACCCCCGCGGCCAUCCUGCGAAACAGGGGCGUCUGCAGCAUCAACAUCUCGUCCGACUGCUGGAUCCUGGCGAACCAAACCAACCGUCACAACCAGAUCCCGGCACGCGACUUGACCCUAAACACUACUGGCGGAUCUCUUGUGCCUCGUGCUGACGUCAUCUUUUCCCUCUCGCACAUCAACAUCUCGAAUGACUGCCGGAUCCUGGCGAACCAGACGAACUACUUGGCGCAGAAGCUGCAGUCGCAGUUCCCCGACGCGACGUUCAUCGUGGGAGACGCCUUCACCUUCAACAUCGACAUCGCCAAAAACCCGGCGCAAUUCGGCGUCACUCGUUGGAACCAAUCCUGUUGUGGGGGGGGCACGCCGGAGCUUGGCAAUACACAGGUUCAAUGCAAUCAGCUGACGUCACAGAUCGCUAGUAACGCAACUGGGAGGGUGACGAACGCGACGUUCCCGGUGACCAUCUGUCCGAACCCUUCGGAGUACCUCUGGUGGGACCAGGUCCACAUGACGGAAGCCAUGAACCGCUUCCUGGCAAACGACAUUUUCGGGGGGUCCACGUACGUCUUCCCGCAAAACAUGAUCCAAGCGUUCAUUCUGCCCCAACUCUUGAAGCUGAGCAAGUGAUGGAUGGCCUUUUGGGGUCUUCCAAAUUCUGGCUGGAGGGCGGAAAGAGGGUUUUGAUGUUCAAAGCAAACCCGAGGAGAGGGGGGGAUACAAAGAGCGCUGUUGAAGGUCAGCAAGUGGCAUAAGGUGUUUGGGAGUUGGAUCGUAGAUGGCUGGAGGGUGGAAACAUAAAAGCCCGUUUCCUCAAGAAGAGGGGAGGGUAAUUCUUGGAAAAGUUUUAGGAUUUUGGAACAGGGCGUUGAUACCAGAUUCCCUUUCGUCAAGAUAAGGGGGAUGAAAAGGAGAUUCGAGGAAAAAGACGAGAGGGAAGCCCAAAACGCAAGAAAAGAUGCUUACAAAGCAACGCAGGUGACUAGGCCCUAGUAGUUCAGGUCCGUGCGAGGCCCUUUCCUGCGGUGCCCCGCGGUGGCUUUCCCUUCAUUGCUCGCUGCAAAGUGGGGUGGAAAGGUUUUUGACGCUGUCCGAGCACAUAAGUAAGACUAAAAAACGGCCACAGAGUAGCUAAGUUCUAGGUUGGUUACGAGGUCAAGUCGUUAAGUCCAUUAGCGCGAGUUGGUUAUUUCUACGUACCACGUGUAGCGUAAAGGAAACAACGCACGAAAGCAUUGGUUGAGAAGGAUCAGUAUCGUUAAAGCCCAACCGCCUUUGAAGGUCGAUAACGGACAGUUCAGUUGUACAGAGUAGUACACGCUUUCAGUAGGUUCAGCGCUUGCGCGAACAACUCCGGCAGUCGUAGUUAGCCUAAGAGUAGGUGAGUUGGUGUAUCUACUGUUGCUACGAACGGUCCGUCCAGUCGUGACGGUUGUCCAUACGUGCAUACCUAAGGUUAAAGCCUGAUGGCUGGUUCGUGCAAAGUGGCCAGGUCCCGGUGGACAUUGGAAGGACAAUAAGCCGUUGGGUGGAGCCUCGCGGUUGCGGGCCCUCAUAUGUGAUACUUACCUGUGUGCAACAUUUUU